GGCCGCGGCGCACCCUUGGCCUCCCGGCCAGGCCACCUGACCCCGUCUCAUCCUCCCUCAGGCCCGCGGCCGGCGGUCCCGGGGCUCCCCACACUUCUCCCCCCGCUCCGGAGAAGCCUGGACGACCGCGCCGUGGGGCUAAAGCCUCCGAGCCCGGAUGGGCGGACUCGGACCCCGCGGCGCACUCUGCCCCCCGCAGCCCCGAGGACUAGCUGGCCGCGCACACGUCCCGCGGGCGACGUAGGCCGCUCAGGUUUUCCUAUAGCUACGCCUCAGGUCCUUCCGGUGGUUGUUUCAAGAACGUAAAAGAACUACCUAUUUAUGUUUCCUUCCUACCCUCCCCACAUUCAGUGGGCCCAAGAAAUUACCUCCUAGGAAGGAAACGCGAUCAUUACCAGCGAACCCUGAGGAAACCUUCUGUAAAAUAUGCGGAUUUAACGAGAAGCGGUGCAAGUGUUCCGUACUGCCUUAGCGACUGAUGACAGCCAUCCAAAGCGCCGGGUACCAGAGAGACAGAACCCGGGCGGACAGACGAAAAUUCUGUGGCCGAGCGCGCCGCCGGAAGGGGGCGGGGCCAUAGGUCGGCCCGCCGCCGGAAGGGGGCGGGGCCAUAGGUCGGCCCGCCCCCGGCCCUUUGUGACGUGGAACGAUGCCUGCCACGCGUCGGAACUCAGCUGCUUUCGCAGCGUCUGGGCACAACUGACACGCGUGAAGGAACGCCGUGUCAUCUGAGGCCAACUUCAGGAAUCAUGCAGUUUCUCUUAAGAUUAAUCGUUUUCUUUUAUGUAUGGGGCAUUUUUACUGCUCAGGGACAAAAGGAAGAGGAGAGCACAGAGGAAGUGAAAAUCGAAGUUUUGCACCGUCCAGAAAACUGUUCUAAGACAAGCAAGAAGGGAGACCUGCUAAAUGCCCAUUACGACGGCUUCUUGGCUAAAGACGGUUCGAAAUUCUACUGCAGCCGGACACAAAAUCAAGGCCACCCCAAAUGGUUUGUUCUUGGUGUUGGGCAAGUCAUAAAAGGCCUAGACAUUGCGAUGAUGGAUAUGUGCCCUGGAGAGAAGCGGAAAGUGAUUAUACCCCCUUCAUUUGCAUAUGGAAAGGAAGGCUAUGAAGGCAAGAUUCCACCUGAUGCAACAUUGAUUUUUGAGAUUGAACUUUAUGCUGUGACCAAAGGACCACGAAGCAUUGAAACAUUUAAACAGAUAGACACGGACAAUGACAGGCAACUCUCUAAAACAGAGAUAAAUCACUACCUGAAAAGGGAAUUUGAAAAAGAUGACAAGCCACGUGACAAGUCAUAUCGGAAUGCAGUUUUAGAAGAUAUUUUUAAGAAGAAUGACCAUGAUGGUGAUGGCUUCAUUUCUUCCAAGGAAUACAAUGUAUAUCAACAUGAUGAACUAUAGUAUAUUUUUAUUUCUAAAUUGUCUUUACUUACUGUACUUUAUAUAUAAAACAAAGUCACUUUUCUAGAACUUGUAUUUUCUGUUUUCUUCCCAUGAGAACAUAUUUUGAUCCCCUCAAUACAUGUAAUUUUGACAUAAUAAAUGUGCAUUAUUUUGCAAAUUUAA